UCGGUGUCACAGAUCCAAGAUGGCGCCUACCUUGGUUGCGCAUGUUGUCGCAGACGCAGGAGCUUUUCUGAAGAAAGCUCCUCUCCAGGAGAUCGGCAGCACGAUCUACACCCUGAAGGACGUGGUGGACGAGAUCAGAGACAAACCCACGAGGAGGAGUUUAGCUUUCCUGCCGUACCACCUGACCUUCAGAGAGCCGUACCCCGAACACAUCAGACACGUGACGGAGUUCUCCAAGAAGACGGGAGACUACCCGAGUCUGUCAGCGACCGACAUCAAAGUCCUGGCUCUGACCUACCAGCUGGAGCUGGAGCACGUGGGAUCCAAGCACCUGAAGAAAGAGCCAGAAGUCAAGGUGAACGUCCACAGCACUCAGCGCCACCCGGAGACUCCGGUCAAUGUGGCCGGGUUCUUCCUGCCCUCCAGAGAAAAGAAGUCUUCAGAGAGCGUUGGUGUACGACAGAAGUUUCCGGAAGGAGAUCCGUUCAACAGCUUCCAGUUCUGGAGGCCGGCGCUGCCGACCGUCGACAAAGAGCUGCUGCAGCUGCUGGAUCCUCUGGAGGUUUCAGAUCCCAAAGAGACGUCUUCAGAUUCUUUCAACACUUUCAACUCUUUCCAGUUCUGGAGGCCGCCGCUCGCCUCCAUCGACUCUCUGAUGCACCUGCUGAAUCUGGACGACGUUUCUUCAUCAGAUCAGAGGAGCGACGAGGACAAAGAGAACGAGCCUGAAGAGGAGGAAGAUGAUGAGGAAGAGGAUGAAGAGGAAGAGGAGGAAGGUGAUGGAGGAUGGAUCACUCCCGGUAACAUCAAACAGGUGAAGAUGGACUCUUCUGAUUGGACGGCUCCCGCUGAUGUCACAGUCGGAUGUCUGACCACCGACUUCGCCAUGCAGAACGUUCUGAUCCAGAUCGGGCUUCACGUCCUGUCCGUUAACGGGAUGCUCAUCAGACAGGCGAGGAACUACAUCCUGAGGUGCCACGCCUGCUUCAAGACGACGAGCAACAUGAGUAAGCUGUUCUGUGCUCACUGUGGGAACCGGACCCUGAAGAAGAUCGCAGUGACCGUCAGCGCCGACGGAAACACACAGAUGCACUUCUCCAAGAACCCAAAGGUGCUGAACAGCAAAGGACUGAGGCACUCUCUGCCGAUGCCUCAGGGAGGUAAACACGGGAACAACCCUCAGCUGGUGGAGGAUCAGCGCUUCCCUCAGCAGAGACUCUCCCGUAAAGCCCGGCAGAAAACCAACGUGUUCGACCCGGACUUCGUCACCGGAGCGUCUCCUUUCAGCCAGAACGACAUCUACAGCCGAGCCGCUAACCUGCAGAUCAGAGACGGGCAGGGGGGCGGCGGGCGGCGGCGCGCUAACCCCAACGCCGCGCACAAGAAGUUUGUGAAGAAGAACUGACCGACACCAGGGUUCAGAAUUAUUUAAAGGGCCGAAACACCGCUUUUAGAGUUCUAAGUUACAGUAAAAAGACGUCAUUUUCUGAAUGGAACGAACUGUUUCCUGCUGUUUUGUGUCAGUGAAGUCAGUACAUUUGCAGAUUUAAUUAAAAGGGCCGAAACACCGCUGCACAUCGGGGGCGUUUAGGUUUAAGGCUGGGCGAUAAAAGGAUGUUAUAACGAAUCCACUAAAUAUCGUCUUGUAUUUUGGAUAUGGUAAUUUAUUUCCUGGUUUUAGAGACUUAAGUUACACACACUGUGUCCUGCUGUUUUGUGUCAGUAAAUUCACAUAAAUAAUGAUAAUUGAUCCCAAAUGUAAUUGUAUUAAUGUUGUUAAAGCACUAAAUAUUUGGUAUUUGCUCGGAAAUAUUGAGAAAUUAGAUUAUAACAAAUUUAUGAAGAACUGACCGACACCAGGAUUCAGAUUGAAUUAAAGGGCUGCACAUCUGGGGCGUUUAGGUUAAGGCUGGGGACUAAUGUCUUUUCCUGGGUUUAGAGUCUAAAUUACUGUAAAAAAAUACAUAAUUUUCUGAAUUGCUGUUUUGUGUAAAGUCAGUAAAUUCACAUACAUAAUGAUAAUUUACCCCAAAUUUCAAUGUCUGCUCUGAUAAUUUGGUAUUUGCUCAGAAAUAUUGUGACAUCAAAUACCAAAAUUGGGAAGUGGAUUAUUGGUGCUUUAAUACAAAUAUCUACACAAUGAAAUGUUGGAUAACCCUAACCCUAUUAUCAGUAAUGUGGAUUUAAUGGCUAAAUGUGUAAAAGCAAAUAAUGAAAAGACAAUAACAGUUUAGAAAAUUCAAAAAAUGACAUUAUUUGACUGUAAAUUCGCGUUUCAAACCAGAAAAAGUCCCGUAUUUCAUCAGAAAUCUAAGGCCAUAUCACAAUGCUCAGCCUUAUUGUAGUUUUAAAAAAUGAUUUACAGAGCCAUGGGAGCUGGGAUUUAUUAAAAUAAGAAGUCAGAAGUUUGUUAGAAAAACGUAUUUUGGUCAGGGAACCAGAUCUAAUGUAAUUUAUAUAUAAUAUAACCCUCCUCCCCUGGCUCCGUUAUGUUUUUUUAAAUCUACACAUAAUACCUGACCCUAAUACACGGUGGUAUGUUACCCGUUAACUGCAUGUUUAAAUAUUACACAGUAAAGCAUGCUAACUGCAGAACGGUCCUUUAAACAGCAGUCAAACAGUACCAUGUGAUGUAACACGAUCAAUAUAUUCUACUCCAAUAAAUGUUCAAACUACAA